AUGACAGAAAACGACGUCGUGUCAGGAGGCGGCAGUACUAUUGUGGUUGGCGUGAAGUUCGAUGCGUCGAGCAGUGAGCUCCUUUAUUGGGCUUUGGUUAAGGUUGCUGAACCGGGUGAUACCGUAAUCGCUCUUCAUAUUCUCAGCAAUGAGUUCGUCGAUCGAGCAGACAACUCUUCGCUUAUCUCCCUUGUCAAAAGGUUUGACUCUGUUCUUCAAGUCUACGAAGGUUUCUGCAAAUUGAAACAGGUGAAUUUGAAGCAGAAGCUAUGCCGUGGCUCUUCUACUAGAAAGACUCUAGUUAGAGAAGCAAAACUGUGUUAUGCAUCCAAAGUUGUGGUUGGAAUUUCCAAAACUCACCACACGAUUCAGUCAUCUGUCUCCGUGGCUAAGUACUUAGCCAAGAAACUAUCAAAAGACUGCUGGGUUUUGGCCGUGGACAACGGGAAAGUCAUGUUUCAGAGAGAUGGCUCUCCAUCGACCAUUCAUCACUCUAAAGGAAAAAGCGAUGCUCGUAGGAACACUUUGUCUAGUUUCUUUCAGAUGCCAGUCACACUGAGAAAGAAUAAUACCAAAGUAGUUGACCAUUCCGAGGAGGAAGAGGGAGAGGCGGUGGAGGAUCAUGAUUCCGAUGGCAAGAGCCUACGGCAAGCUUUAGUGUAUUCCUGCCUUGGGAAUUGCUCUGUUUCUGGUUUGAAUGGAUCUUCAACUUGUGAUGAUGGUGGUGAUCAAGAAGAUAAUACUGAUCUCCAAAAGUCAAUGGCGAUUGUGCUAGCAAAACCUCCAGAAGACUUGACCAGAUUCAUCACUUUGCUGGUAAAGGAACUGCCUGAGUUUAGACCAGGCUGGCCUUUGCUUUGUCGUGUAGGUGUAGCGUCUUCAGAUGUAUUAGCUUCUUCUGUUCCCAGAAGUUCUUCGUAUAGACAGAUACCAGUUGCUCAGUGGGUGCUGAAGCUCCCCUCUAGGACCAACUCUGUUGUUGGUACUUCAGACACUAAGCGGAUUGGUUAUGAUUCUUCUGAAUCUGAAGAUAAUAAUGACAAGUUUUCUAGCUUAAACACUGAAAGCCGAGCAAUUGUUCCUCAUAAUACCCCAAGAAGAUUUCCAGAGGAAUCAGAGGGUCUUCAUGAGAGGUUCUCCACAUCUUGCAAGUCUUUUAAGUACAAGGAACUUGUGUCAGCAACAUCUAAUUUCUGUCCUGGUAAUUUAAUCGGAAAAGGAGGGAGCAGCCGUGUUUUUAGAGGUUAUCUGCCGAAUGGAAGAGAGGUUGCAGUGAAAAUUCUCAAGCAAACCGAAGGCGUUUUGGAGGAUUUUGUGGCAGAGAUUGACAUCAUCACCACCUUAAACCAUAAGAAGGUUAUUUCUCUCUUAGGUUAUUGCUAUGAAAACAAUAACCUAUUACUGGUAUACAAUUAUCUCUCAAGAGGAAGCCUUGAAGAGAAUCUUCAUGGCAGCAAGAAAGAUCCGGUUGCAUUCCGUUGGAUCGAGAGAUAUAAAGUGGCAGUGGGAAUAGCCGAGGCGUUGGACUAUCUGCAUAACAGUGCUCCACAACCAGUCAUUCACAGAGAUGUUAAGUCAUCGAACAUAUUAUUAUCUGAUGAUUUUGAGCCACAACUUUCUGACUUUGGGCUUGCGAAGUGGGCGUCGCUGUCUACAACUCAGAUCAUCUGCUCCGACGUCGCAGGCACAUUCGGUUACUUAGCUCCAGAGUACUUUAUGCAUGGUAAGAUGAACAAUAAGAUAGAUGUCUACGCUUACGGUGUUGUACUCCUCGAGCUUCUCUCUGGAAGAAAACCGGUUAAUAGCGAAUCUCCAAAGGCUCAAGAGAGUCUUGUUAUGUGGGCGAAGCCAAUUCUUGAUGAUAGAGAUUAUUCUCAGUUAUUGGACCCGAGUUCGCGAGAUGACAACAACAAUGGUGAUCAGAUGGAGAGGAUGGCAUUAGCGGCCACUCUUUGUACUAGACAUAACCCACAAUCUAGGCCGGAAAUGGGAAAGGUGUUAAACCUUCUUCAAGGUGACACCGAGAUGCUAAAAUGGGCAAAGCAACAAGUUAGCAACUCUUUAGAGGACUCAAAGCUACUAAAGGACGAGGAGUUGCAGAGGUCUAAUUUGCAGUCACAUCUUAACUUAGCAUUCCUUGACAUGGAAGACGACUCCAUCUCCAUGGGAAGCGUCGAGCAAGGGAUCUCCGUGGAGGACUAUCUUAAAGGCAGGGAAAGCCGCACAUCCAGCUUCAAUUGA